CAUCCUUCCCACCCGAAAACCAAUCACUAGUUUACUACUUAAAAGGCGGCACCGCAAAAGCCUUGAGAUCAUCUUAACCCAUUUCUCCUCUCCGUCUUCUUCCUUCCUUUUUCCCCCUCUUUUCUCUCCGGCCGCCAUGGCUCUGACGUCGUCUCAGCCGUUGCUCCAGAGCUUCCGGGCAUCCAACCUCGAGGACGUCAGCUCCGAGCUCGAGGAGAUCCUAACCGACACCCAGACGCCGUACCGCCGGCGGCUGACCGCGGCGACCAAAGUCGAGCUCGCGCUGCUCUUCAAGCUGGCCGCGCCGGCCGUCAUCGUCUACCUCCUCAACAAUGUCGUCUCCAUGUCCACACAGAUCUUCUGCGGCCACCUCGGCAACCUCGAGCUCGCCGCCGUCUCCCUCGGCAACACCGGCAUCCAAGUCUUCGCCUACGGCCUCAUGCUCGGGAUGGGCAGCGCAGUAGAAACGCUCUGCGGGCAAGCCUACGGCGCCAGCAGAUACGAGAUGCUCGGAAUCUACCUCCAACGAUCAACGAUCCUCCUCGUCGCCACCGGAAUCCCCUUGACGGUGAUCUACAUCUUCUGCAAGCCGAUCCUCAUCCUCCUCGGCGAGCCGGCCAACAUCGCCGCGGCGGCGGCGAUCUUCGUGUACGGCCUGAUCCCGCAGAUCUUCGCCUACGCGGCCAACUUCCCCAUCCAGAAGUUCCUCCAGUCGCAGAGCAUCAUCGCACCCAGCGCGUACAUCUCACUCGUCGCGCUGGUGGUCCACCUGGCGCUGACGUGGGUGGCCGUGUUCAAGUGGCAGUGGGGCCUGCUGGGUGCGGGCCUGAUUCUGAGCUUCUCGUGGUGGCUGAUUGUGGUCCUGCAGUUUGUGUAUAUAGUGACGAGCAAGCGGUGCCGGAAGACGUGGCAGGGUUUUAGCGUCCAGGCGUUUUCCGGUCUGGGGGCGUUUUUCAAGCUCUCUGCUGCGUCGGCGGUGAUGUUGUGCUUGGAGACUUGGUACUUUCAGAUCUUGGUGCUCGUCGCCGGGCUGCUGCCCGACCCGGAGAUCGCCCUCGAUUCGCUCUCCGUCUGCAUGACGAUCUCUGGAUGGGUUUUCAUGAUCUCCGUCGGCUUCAACGCUGCUGCCAGCGUCCGGGUGAGCAACGAGCUCGGCGCCGGGCACCCGAAGGCGGCGGCGUUCUCGGUGGUGAUCGUGACGUGGUCGUCGUUCGUGAUCGCGGUGGUGGCGGCCGUCGUGGUGAUGGUUUUCCGCGACGUGCUGAGCUACGCGUUCACGGAGGGCGAGGUGGUGGCGGCGGCGGUGUCGGAGCUCAGCCCGUUCUUGGCGGUGACUCUCAUCUUGAACGGCAUCCAGCCGGUUCUCUCCGGGGUGGCUGUGGGAUGUGGAUGGCAAGCGUUUGUGGCGUAUGUGAACGUGGGUUGUUACUACAUCAUUGGUGUUCCCGCUGGGGUUCUUCUUGGCAUCACAUUCAAUCUUGGAUCUAAGGGCAUAUGGACAGGGAUGAUCGCAGGCACCUUCUUGCAAACAUUGAUUCUACUUUGGACCACCUACAGGACCGACUGGAAAAGAGAGGUGGACAGGGCCAAAGAUCGGCUAACAACGUGGGAGGAUAAGAAGGAAGCUGUCGCCGAGAACGAAGAAAGAUUGUUGUCUUCUUAGGUGGACAGGGCCAAAGAUCGGCUAACGACAUGGGAGGAUGAGAAGGAAGCUAUUGCAGAGAACGAAGAAAGUUUGUUGUUGUCUUCUUAGGUAUAUAGAAAUUAAGCAUAAAAAGGAAUUUAAGCAUAUUCAUGCAAUUCGGGUAUUCAUGCAUGUUCUUCCCCUUAGUGAGUGAGGAGUGAUCUUUCUUUUCCCCCUUUGUUUGUUUGCCUUCUUGUUGUUGUAGUAUUAAGAGCAAGUUUAAGGCAUUUUUAAAAGGAUUGAAAAUCGUACCUUAGUGGUGGUUCAUCAUCUCAAGACAUGUUGAUUCUUGGACGUGUUUAGGUGAAAGAAAGAAGGAAAUAGAGAAAGAAGAAACAAAGUAAGAAUUGUAUCAAGCCCAACCAGACUAUGAAUCUAUGAUAUCAUGAGAAUUUCUAGAGUCCUGGCGAUUCUCUGCACUUGAAAGGAUAAAUUGCAGAGGAUAGAGCCUGCCAGGGUUUGUGGAAUUGUGGCUUAGGAGCCCUUUCCAUUCAAUAUCGUACCGGCGACAAAUGAAUCGUGUUAUACUUGUUUUAUAUGGGAGCUAUCAAAUGAACGGAACAAAAUGAAACA